AUGGACGCGCCGAGGGACAUCGGCACCUUCGUGGUGUGGGAUUACCUGGUGUUCGCGGGCAUGCUGCUUAUCUCGGCCGCCAUCGGCAUCUACUACGCCUUCGCGGGGGGCGGCCAGCAGACCUCCAAGGACUUCCUGAUGGGCGGCCGCAGCAUGACCGCAGUACCGGUGGCGUUGUCCCUCACCGCCAGCUUCAUGUCGGCCGUCACCAUCCUGGGCUCCCCCUCCGAAGUCUACCGUUUUGGGGCUAUGUACAGCAUCUUUGCCCUCACCUACUUCUUAGUGGUCGUCAUCAGCGCGGAGAUCUUCCUUCCCGUGUUCUACAAACUGGGAAUCACCAGCACCUACGAGUAUUUAGAACUUCGAUUCAACAAAUGUGUUCGUCUCUGUGGAACAGUCCUCUUCAUUGUUCAAACAAUUCUGUAUACUGGAAUUGUUAUUUAUGCCCCUGCCCUGGCUUUAAAUCAAGUUACGGGAUUUGAUCUGUGGGGUGCAGUUGUAGCAACAGGGAUGGUCUGCACAUUCUACUGCACUCUGGGUGGUCUUAAAGCAGUUAUCUGGACAGAUGUUUUUCAAGCUGGGAUCAUGGUGGCUGGAUUUGCAUCUGUGAUUAUACAGGCUGCAGUGAUUCAGGGUGGAUUCACCACUAUUUUGAAGGAUGCUUAUGAUGGCAGAAGAUUAAACUUCUGGAAUUUUGAUCCUAACCCAUUGCAAAGACACACAUUCUGGACAAUUAUUAUAGGAGGGACCUUCACGUGGACCAGCAUCUAUGGAAUCAACCAAUCCCAAGUACAGAGAUAUAUUUCCUGUAAAAGCAGAUUUCAGGCAAAAUUAUCACUCUACAUCAAUCUUAUUGGACUCUGGGCAAUCCUUACUUGCUCAGUGUUAUGUGGACUCGCCCUGUAUUCCAGGUACCGUGACUGCGAUCCUUGGACAGCCAAGAAAGUGUCUGCACCAGACCAGCUCAUGCCUUAUUUGGUACUGGACAUUCUGCAAGAUUAUCCGGGAGUUCCUGGACUUUUUGUGGCCUGUGUUUACAGUGGAACAUUAAGCACAGUGUCCUCCAGUAUUAAUGCCUUAGCAGCAGUGACUGUGGAAGAUCUUGUCAAACCUCACUUCAGGUCGCUCUCAGAAAGGUCUCUGUCUUGGAUUUCCCAAGGAAUGAGUGUGCUGUAUGGGAUGUGCUGUAUAGCAAUGGCUGCUCUGGCAUCACUAAUGGGAGCCCUAUUACAGGCAGCACUCAGCAUAUUUGGAAUGGUUGGUGGACCACUUCUGGGCUUGUUUUCUUUGGGCAUCAUGGUUCCCUUUGCCAACUCAAUUGGGGCACUUGUUGGUCUGAUGUCUGGAUUUGUUGUUUCUUUAUGGGUUGGAAUUGGAGCUCAACUUUAUCCUCCACUUCCUGAGAGAACUGUGCCAUUACACCUUGACACCUCUGGCUGUAACAGCACAUACAAUGUCACUAAUUUGAUGACAACCACAGAAAUGCCAUUUUCUACUAGUGCUUUUCAAGUACACAAUGCUGAAAGGACUCCACUGAUGGAUAACUGGUAUUCUAUAUCAUAUCUGUAUUUCAGCACUCUUGGAACUUUGGUGGCAUUAUUUGUGGGGAUAUUUAUCAGUUUAUUAACAGGAGGAAGAAAACAGAAUUUAGAUACUAAGUUCUUACUGACAAAAGAAGACUUUUUAUCUAAUUUUGAUAUUUUUAAGAAAAAAAGUCAUGUUUUAAGCUAUAAAUCUCAUCCAGUCGAAGAUGGUGGAACUGAUAAUCCUGCCUUCAGCCAUAUUGAAUUGAACUUCACAGAUCAAAGUGGCAAGAUCAAUGGGACUCGUUUGUGA